UCUUAAAGCAGAUUUGUUUGAAAUUAAUUUCAAUUCCUAUCAUGAUUGUUAUUACUAGCAAUGUGCUUCGGGAAUGUCUGUAGUCUACUAUCAGCUGAUUUUGUUGUUUUUAAUUUUGUUCCUCUAUCAAUGUCUUUAAGUGGUAGUUAGGGUCUCCAUGGGGAGUUAACUGUAGCGAGAAUGAAAUAACUUUCAUAGACCUUCAUAAAUGUUUUUUGAAUUAAGCCACUACUGCUCCGUACAUGUGGCAGUCGGGUUCACUGGCGGCUGUUGGUAGUAAGGGUUUUAUACAGUAGGCAGACUUGUCAAGGCACUUUAGUAUAAGGAUAGGAAAUAAAGCCUAACCUUAACUAAAUUAAAACCAAAAGUCUGGUCUAUUUUGACUGAAGAUUGUGUUUCCAAUCCAGCCGCUCAAGUAAGUCAAAGUGGGUAAGCUCCAGUCCAGUGUGUUUAGUCUACUGUUGAAUUCUACUGGGCAGACUUCUCCUUUUGUUAUUGAGCCUGUGGCAAGCAAGUAUAGCAGAGACACUGACAUAACAGUAGUUCAUUGCCAUAAGUCAGUUACAGAUCAAGGCCUUUUGUUUGACACAAGAACCAAGGCAGUGAUGGCCCAACCAGCGCAAGAAGGAGUGAAAGAAAAAAUUCAAGCAGUACGUGAAGUGGUGCCAGGCAGAAGCAACAACGAGAUCAUUCUUGUCCUUCAGUAUUAUGAGUACAACAUAGACCAAGCUAUUGCAGCAUUUCUUGAAGAUGGUGCCAAGGCAGCUCUACAGGAGUGGCAUUAUCCAGGAAAUAAGGCCCCUAGUAAAAAGAAGAAAAAGAAUAAAAAACCACAGCAACAGCAACUAGAGAGUGGUGAUAUACAGACUUCUGCUCAGUCAAGUGUAGCUUCAGUCCAACCUUUGACCAAUGGGAAUUCACAGCAUGUGACUUAUGGUCCAUCAGGGAAAGCUGAGCCAAAUAUACAGCAGUCUCAGUCCUCAGGUAGUGAUAAGACCACAAAGGAGGCAUCCCCUGCACCUCAACAGCCACGCCAUCAGAGACAGAGAAGGGGGAGAACACCCCCUUCAACAGAAGCUCAAACUGCAAACCAAAGCUCAAGUCAAAGCUUGUCUGAUAAAACAGUAACAGAAACUUCUGAAAAACAGACUGAUCGCUCUAAGGUGCAGGGUCAAGGUUAUGUUGACAAAGGACAAGGUGAAGGGAGCGUUGACCAACAUCAAGUUCCAGCUCAUCCUGUUGUUGCACAGGAGAAAAAAGGAGGACAUUCCGACAACAGACCAAGAAGUAGAACUGGGAGCUUACACAAAAAGCCUGAACACAAAGUUGUCACUACAACCAAGACCGAUGAGACAGGAGGUGCCCAUGCUCAAGGGUCUCAGUUGGGACCACAGCACAGACCUAGAGCUGGGUCUCAUCAUAAACAACACAAGCAGCAAGGUUCGCACACCGCAGAUCAUGGCUCUGGUGCAGGCCACUCAGGUCAAGGUCGCAUAUCGUCAGCCUCAGCAAGAGGGCACAGAGGACCACAUGCAGGCCUAGAGAAGUCCACUAAAGACCUUCAGCGCCAGACCAUAUCAUUGCAUAGGCUGAAAGAAAAGUUUUCAGAAGAAAUGGACAAAGAUUACAAACACAUACAAUCAGUAUUUGAAGAGCUUCACAAAGAAUUAAAUGAAAGAGAAGCUCUGUUAAUGUUUGAAAUGGAUAAAGUUAAACAGAAAGCAUUGGAUGUGUUCAGCAUGAGGCAAGAGAAGGCAGUGGAACUGAAGCAAAGCACGGAGAGAGCUCAGCAGAUGAAUGAUCACCAACUAUCUGACCUGAGAGCAGACAUAAAGAUGUUUGUGAGCGAUCGCAAAAUAGAUGAAAAUUUGGGAAGCACUACAAGAUUCCUCUGCAGCACUGAUCACCUAGUCCAGGAAGUCCGGCAAUUUGGAGAAGUGGUCCCAGUGAAGGCGAUAUACUCCACACGUCGUCCUUCCAUUUCCUCAGUCAGCAGUAGUGUAGUGAGCUAUGAUGAUGUGUUGUCUCCCACUUUGUCUGUUACCUCACCACCACCAGUGUUCGAAGGCAAUAAAGAUCCUUUUCCAGUAACCCAAGCUGUGAAAAAACAACAUGAGGAAGACACAGGUAUGGAAAAAGCACCAUCGGCACCUCUACUGCAUUCAGAUACAUUGACAACGCAGGAACUGGUGGAGCUGCAGCUUCGUUUGCAGGACUCUCUGAAAAAACAGGGUCUUCCUGUGCAUUCACCUCCAAGAAGGGCACCUGCACCCUCUAACCAGAGACCCACCAAGACACAGGAGAGAUAUGAUACAACAGAAACACAAGGAGAUGAGAAAAAGAGUCGCAAUGCAAAGAGGCGCCAAAAGGAACGUGAAAGGCAGAAAAAGCGCCGAGAAGAGAGUCAGCAAGCAAAUCAGUCUGGUAUUCCAUCUGGUGCAGCACCAAGACAGCAACAGCAAAAUCAACACAAGCGACCAGCCUCUCCACAUAAAAAUCCAACUGCUGGAGGAAACAAGAAAGACCACUCAAGUAAGCCCCAGUCAGAGAAUAAGGUCCAGAACAGACGAGCACCUUCCCCACAGAAGAAACCUUCUCUGAACCCUGCCAGCAGCCCUGGCAAACAGGAUGGCGGAAAUGAUAAAGCACAGCAUGGGACACACCAAAGGGACAGGAAAUCUCAAGAAAGACAGGUAAAGAAGGGGCAUGGUGUACAACCAGGUGAAAAUAAAGACGCUAAGCCUGCACAGGAUAAAGUGGUGGAUGUUGAAUUGAAUGCAGACAACAAGACUGUAACUGCUGAAGUCAGUAAGACUGAGGCUAAAGUCAGUAAGACCGAGGCUGAAGUCAGUGACCAGCAGGGGGCCCCACCUGCAAAAGAGAAUGGGUUGGAUGGACCAAAUAUCAACCAAGAUAAUUUAAUGAACUCUACAAUCCCUGCUGAACCAACCAACAUUGUGAGGGAAACAAACGGCAACGUACCAGUCAAAGAUGCAAACAUGAAUGAAACAACAAUUAAAGACAAUGAAGCAAUAAAUGACAUUGAAACCAAAGUUGCUGCUGAAAAUGAAAAAGAUCUCUUAACAGAUCACGAUGCUUUGCCUCAGCGGAAACCCAGGGAGCAUACAACUACUAAAAAAUCUACAGCAAUUUUGAAUGGUGACAUUGACAUUGUGAUGAAUGGGGAAGUCCAUGAAGUAAAUGGUCUGGAUCACAAGGACUGAAAUCGUAUGUUCUGCAAGUUCUGUGCAAUACAGCAGCAAAGGACUUCACCUAUAAACAACCUUGAUAUGUUCAUAUAGUGAUCGUAAGGUCUUGUUGAUCUUAACACCUCCUUUGUGUGAUAGAACCCAAUUGUAACAUAAAAAAGUAUGGUGAUACUUGGGGUUUGAUUGAAAACUUAAUGGUGCUAUAUUGUAAGUACAAGUAGUAAGUAGUCUUACAAAUAUUUCUAAAAAUUGAAGUCAUAUAUUUAGAUAUCUUGCUCAGCCCAUUAAAAAGUGUUGAAUUUAUCAAUGAUGCAAUUCCUAUGGGAAACUGCUCUUGAUCUGUCCUAGUGACAUCUCAAUGUCAGCAUAGGAGAACAGGUAUUUUCUGUUACAUCUGUAAUGUGAGAAGCUGGCUGAAGGUCCUUAACAGUAUGCACUGUUGAUAGAUGUGACUACACUUGUUAUUUAAGCAGGGAUGCCUAUGUAUGUCCAUGCUUGUAUACAUCUAUAAGGCCAUACUGACAGCCAAGUAUGUGUAAAUGUGUCCAAAUAUUUAUUUUCAAAUGAAGCAAUAAUGUAUAUAGUAUUAAAGAAGAAAAUUGGUAAGACAUAUCCAGGAGUAAUUCUAUCAGAUAAAGGACAGAGAUGCACUCGCUUUAUGCAGUAGUCCUGUAUAUGCAACAACAUAUGGUAACUGAAUUCUUAUUUGUACAUGUUAAAAUCAAAGUGUUUGUUAAUGCUAGUCAAUGGAGAGAAAAGAGAUAAAGCAGUUUUGAUUCACUUAAAGGCAUAGGGGCAAAUUAUUGUUGGAAAUGUCUCUCAUGAAAUAGAUUUUACUUGUUCUAUUCAUUCAUUUCCAUCACUUUCCAAUGUCAGCUUUAUUAUGAUUGAAGACACUACAUUUUCAGAUUUAAAAUAUAUAUUUGGUUGUGCCAACCAAAAUCCAUACUUCAUCUUGCUAUUUUAGGUCACCUAGUUUUGACUGUCAGUGAAAUUUGAAUCUGUCAAAUCUGAAAUAUGUAUACAUACUUGCUGGUAGUAACCAAAGGUAUUUUAUUUUGAUAGUAAUCAUUUGCUCACUAUGUCUUCAAUAUUUGUAUAUGUCUAACUUGGGUUUGCUUUUGAAUUCCACAAACUGCAAUUGAGGAUGGCUUAUCUAGUCUAUUAUAGGUAUUGAAAAGGGCCAAAUUGGGCAUUGCUUUCAGGUAAUUUUCAAUAGUUAUGAAUAUUUGGUAAAAAAAAAAAAAA